AAAUUAAGUGGGGGUCAGAAGCGUCGGGUGUCGUUAGCGGCAGCUCUGGUACACAAACCACCGCUUCUAGUGUUGGAUGAGCCGACAGUAGGCAUCGAUCCGGUGCUACGACAGAGCAUUUGGAAACACUUGAUAGCGUUGGCCAAAGACGGCAUAACUGUUAUCAUAACGACUCACUAUAUCGAAGAGGCGCGCAAUGCAAACAUAGUUGCCUUCUUGAGACAGGGAAUGCUUCUGGAGGAGGGCAACCCUGAGGCUCUCAUCAAACGACAAAAUCUUCACAACUUGGAGGACGUCUUCCUUAGAUUAUGCAAUAAUAAAGAGUCAGAUCUGAAUAUUUACGACAAAAGCCAAGGCGUGACUCAAAACACACAAACCGUUGCCAAUGACGAGAAUGGGUUGAAUGAAGUCAAGAUCGUUAACAAUAAUAGUCUUCAGAAAACCAAUUCAUUAAAGCCGUCAAAAAUAUUGAUGAAACGAAACAAAAUUGCCGACCAUUUCGCCAGAAGUGAAGCACUUUUUCUUAAGAAUGUGAUCCGAAUGUAUAGGAAUUUACCAGCGUUUAUAUUCACCGCUAUUGUACCCGCCGUUCAAUGCGCUCUCUUUUUCUUAUGUUUGGGUCGAGACCCGUACGACAUACCCAUCGCUGUUUUUAAUGGCGAAUUAGUCCCCAAAUAUAGCACAGGAUUCCUGCAAAACAUUAAUAACUAUACAAUUACACAGAAAAAUUACGAUUCGUUUGAGAGCGGAUACGAAUCAGUGAAAAACGGUGAUAAUAAAGCACUCAUAGCUAUCGGCACCAACUUUUCCAAAGCAUUAAUAGCCCGAGCAAUCGAUGGAUACGAGACCGACGCUGAGACCAUUGACAUGAGUAGUAUUAAACUCUACCUCGAUAUGACCAGUCAAUUCGCUGCCAACAAAAUACGACAAACACUUCACGAAUCGUAUCAAUUGUUUGCAAAAGAAAUUCUUAAAAGCAAUAAAAUGCCGGAAGCCUUAGCCGAUCCGCCCAUUCAUCUCGAAGAUCCAAUUCUGGGAAUUCGUGAUCCGCCAGUCACUCACUUUAUGGCCCCGGGAUUUAUAUUAUCUCUUGCAUUCUUCUGCGCCAUC